AUGAAAACAAUUAUAUUUUUAUUAAUUAUUUUAAUAAUUAAUAUUAACUAUACCAAAUUUGGGGUCAAUGGUAAAUGUUAUCCAAUUAAAGGGGUUAGUCCGAAUGUUAUAAUUGAAUGUGGUAAAGAUCAAAUUAUAUCAUUUCACUCGUUAAGUAAUCAAUUAUUAAGAUAUGAAUUAAUUGAAGAUCAAGGUGAACACUUUUUUUAUCCAAGAAAAUAUCAACAUAAACUUCAUGAUCAAUCAUUUAAUGGUGGUCCAUUAAUUACAUUUGACCAAGAGAUUGAUUCAAUUGAAAAAAUUCCAAAUUCAGGUGGAGAUGUACAAUUUCGUGGUCAAUUCUUUUUUGAUGGUAAAAGAGUGUUAAAACCUGUUCAAAUUUAUAUAUUUUCAAAAGAUCUUGAUCAAGUAAUUUAUAAUAAAGUUGUUAAAGUUCAACAUAUAAAAAAAUCAACUUUUUUAUUAAAUUUUCCAAAAGGAUGUGGCAGUGACAUUAGUAUAAUUAAUCCAUAUAAUAAUAAAAUUCUUUAUAAAACAAGUUAUAUAAAUCCAUGCACAAAAGAUAUAACACCUAUCAAAUCAAAUCAAACCUCACCAUCAAUUUCAAGUUAA